CCCAUAAUACUCUCAUUUUUGUACCUAGCAAAUUUGCGUGCUCUUCAUAAAAACCUACCUGACUCAUUUAUUAACAGCAAUCUCACAAUCAUGCUCCCCAGGGCGGGUUGGGUAGGGCGAGCUAGUGGUUUGGGUAGUGUUUGGAGAAUUUAUUUUGAGAAGGGAGAUGACUUUUAGAUGGGAUUAAAAAUCCCACUUGGAAAAUCCCUUGUUUGGCAAAAAAAACAGAGAGGGACUUAAAUUAUCUGGGAUUUUGAGAUAGGAUUAUUAGAUGGGACAUAUAUUGAGGCAAGUUCCUCCUUUGAGUGCCGCCUCAAGAUGUGGAAUUCUGAAAUUCCACAGACGGCGAAGAACUACGUCUACAGAACGGAUGAGAAAGAAUUGCUUGAGAAUAACUGUUGCCCCACGCAUCUAAAGCCAUGUGUUGCACGGAAAAGGGAUAAUUUCUUCUUCGCAUUGUCCAAGUAUCAGAAUCUGCUGGAAGAAACUUUGGCCAAAAAUCCAUACGCAAGUACUGCUGCACCACGGAUGGCAAUAGGUGAUUGCCCAACGAAGUGUGGAAAUGUUAUCAUCCCGUACCCUUUCGGGAUUGGACCUAAUCCAAGUUGUUACUAUGACGAAUGGUUUCAAAUCGCCUGCAACGAGGAGAAGCCUUUCUUGAGGCGUACCAAAUUGGAGGUGGUGAAUAUAUCUACCGAAGGAUGGGUUCAGGUGUACAGCCCCGUUACAUUCUUCUGCGAGGGAAAUAAUAGUAGCCAACUGGCGGAUUUAAGGGACAGCCCUUUCUUCUACUCUCGAAGAUACAACAUAUUCACUGCAGUGAGUUGCGAUUCCUCUGCCCUGUUGAGUUCCGCAGACUCUGUUGUUGGCGGAUGCAGGUCAGUGUGUGAUCAAUCUGGAGACCUGACUUGCGAUAUCGGUAUUAACUGUUGUCAGAUUAGUAUUCCUCCAUACCUCAGUGUUAUUAAUACUACCUUAAAUGAGAAUGAGACUACUACAGAUUGCACCAAGCUUGCCUUCCUGGUUGCCAAAGAUUGGGCGGAGAGAACCAUCAAUUUAUCAACAAUUUCGGGCCUUACAGCUGUCUUGAAGAGGAUGGGCAAGGUUUCUGUGUCACUAAGAUGGAGGAUUAUGAACGACACUAGGUCAUUUGAAUUAUUUAACCAGUUCAAUUUUUCAACGCUUCAGGUCGACCCGGCUUGCUCUAUUAGCACUUAUCUCGCAGUCAAACGGUCGGAAAUUUAUUGUUCAUGCCGCAAGGGGUUCGAAGGAAAUCCCUAUCUCGGGGAAAAAUCUUGUGAUGUAGAUAUUAAUGAAUGUCAAGAUGGUCGCCGCCUAUGCUUUGGCAACAGCAGGUGCGUGAACGAGUAUGGUUCCUACCGAUGUGAGGACGACAAGAGAGGCCUUGCCGCAGGUUUGAGCUCGAGCCUUGGACUCUUAUUAUUGCUUAUUGGUGUAUGGUUUGGAUACAAACUCCUGAAGAAAAAGAAUGAGAUAAAACGAAAAAAGAUGUUCUUCAAGCGAAAUGGUGGAUUAUUAUUAGAACAACAAUUAUCGUCAGGUGAAGUUAAUGUCGAGAAAAUUAAAUUGUUCAAAUCACAAGAGUUAGAGAAGUCUACCGAUAAUUUUAAUGUGGAUAGAAUUCUUGGCCAAGGAGGUCAAGGCACUGUGUACAAAGGCAUGUUGGAGGACGGGAAAAUUGUUGCUGUGAAGAAGUCUAAAAUAGUUGAUGAAAGCCAACUUUCAGUAUUCAUCAAUGAGGUUGUCAUUCUUUCCCAAAUUAACCAUAGAAAUGUGGUUCAACUAUUGGGUUGUUGUUUAGAGACAGAAGUUCCUCUUUUGGUUUAUGAAUUUAUACCAAAUGGAACCCUUUCCAAGUAUAUCACAGAGCAGGUUGAAGACUUUCCACUCACAUGGAAAAUGCGCUUACGAAUUGCCACAGAAAUUGCAGGAGCUCUCUCGUACUUGCACUAUGCAGCUUCCUUUCCAAUUUAUCAUAGAGAUAUCAAGUCUACAAACAUACUCUUAGAUGAUAAAUACAGAGCAAAAAUUGCUGACUUUGGAACUUCGAGAUCAAUUGCUAUUGACCAAACUCACCUGACCACAUCACUUGUACAUGGCACAUUCGGUUACUUGGACCCUGAAUACUUUCAGUCAAGCCAAUUUACGGAGAAAAGUGAUGUGUAUAGCUUUGGGGUUGUUCUUGUUGAGCUCUUAACAGGACAAAAACCAAUUUCUUUUCUAAGGUCAGAGGAUGAAGGCAAAAGUCUUGCCACAUAUUUCAUUAUUUCCAUGCACAAAGAUUGUUUAUUUGAAAUUGUUGAUGCUCAAGUUUUGAGGGAAGGAUCGAAAGCAGAUAUUCUAAUAGUGGCAAACCUUGCAAGAAGAUGUCUGAAUUUGAACGGAAGGAAGCGCCCUACAAUGAGAGAGGUCACAUCAGAGCUAGAAGGGAUUCAAAUGACAGAAAAGACUUCUAAUGGCGAACAAAACUAUGAAGAGGUUGAAUUUAUCAGAACUGAAUCAGUCGAGCCAUGGGAUAUUGCUUCGAGUUCAACGGGAACAGGAUCAACUUUGGAUGUUGGUCGGGUUUCAUCAUCCAUGAAAUCCCACUAUUAUCUUUCAAGUCAAGGUGUGAAAAAUGUUUCUUAGUUUUUGCCUAAACCAGAAAAUAUGUUUCUUAGUUGCAGUAAUAUCUAAUUGUGUUCUGUAUGUUGUAGACAUUAAAUAGAAAUAAUCUUUUAGAUUACAAGAAAUCAUCUUACUGCUCGAGUUUGGAGGAUUUGUCUACCUUUAUCUGCUUGUAAUGCUCUUUUAUUUGACAAUUUAGGCUAGGGAUAGUUCCUUGCAAUUUUUCUUUUUUGUAUUGGAAAAAUAGAAAUAACCUUUUGUUUGCUACUUAAUAAAGUAGUGUUCUAAUUUGGGAGUA